CGUAACAACAUCUUCCAAACAACAUUUGUUAAAGCAAGCUCUGCAACGAAAUGUCGAACAGCACUGUUCAUCCCUCAACUCCUUGCGACAUAGAUAAGCUCUUCCCAGCGUUGGUUGAAUGUUUUGUCAUCAUACUUCUUGGUUAUGGAAGUGGAAGACUUGGACUUAUUUCUUCUUCUCAAAGCAAAGGCAUUGGAAAUUUUGUUUCUUUAUUUGCUCUKCCAGCUCUCCUGUUYAAAAGCAUGGCCGAACUAAACUUAAAUAUCGUGAAUUGGAAUUUUCUUUUGGCCAUUUUGAUUUCCAAGGGGCUGGUUUUUGGUAUUGUCGUUCUUCUGACUAUUAUUCUUGGGAGGCCUCAGAAAUAUGGUCGAGCUGGUAUUUAUGGUAUAUUUUGUACACAAUCUAAUGACUUUGCCUUGGGUUUACCUUUAAUUCAGGCUUUGUAUGGCAGAUCUAUGCCUGAGUUGAUCAACUACAUCUACCUUCUUGCACCUAUAUCACUGGUCAUUCUUAACCCAAUAGGGUUUAUACUCAUGGAAUUCAGUAAACACCAUGGUACUGGGCACCAUGUAGAAAAACGYCAUGUGGCUAUGGCAACAAUCAAAGGAGUCAUCACUAAUCCUAUCGUCUUCAUGACAUUUAUUGGAAUUAUUGCAAACUUUGCUCUCAAGCAGAAAAUCCCUGAAAUAUUAAAUGGGUUUCUCUCAGUUCUUGGGUCUGCAUUCUUUGCAAGUUCUUUGUUAUUCCUUGGAUUGAAAAUGGUUGGAAAUAUGAAGAAACAGAUGGGAUAUGGACUGGUAGUUCCUUUUCUUCUCAUAUUCUCAAAAUUGAUGCUACUUCCGCUAUGUGCACGUGAARUUGUCCAACUCCUAGAUGUUGGAGGAAGMAACCAAACUUUGACWGAUACCUGGAGUAUGUUUGCUUUUCUUUAUGGCACAAUUCCAACUGCUCCAACUGUCGUCAUUUUUGCUUCAAAGUUUUCUGUUGAAGAAGACAAGAUUGCCACAAGCAUGGUGCUUGGAACGUUCCUAUCUGCACCAAUAUUGUACACCUCMGCAAAAAUGAUUUCAACAAAAUACACACCACAACUUCACACUCAUUAUCACAGUACAAUCAAAGAAACCAUCCAAGAUUCCUGUGUGGUUAGCAUUACUUGUGGGCUUUGGGUGAUCGCAAUGUUUGUUCUUGGAAGACGCUUCAAGAUAUUUCCUCAAAGAUUUACAUUUUGUCUUGUUCUCUCACAGGUGGCSUUUGCUAUAACAUCACUUCUGUGUGAUGUGCACCCAUCAACUGCUUGGCAUUGGGUAUCAUUUCUUUUUGUAAGUGUGACAGAACUUCUCUGUCAUUGCUGGACAGCAAUGGUGCCAUUUGCACUUUACCUUGUCAGGUGYGAUGGUAAAAUGAAGUUUUGGMAACCUUGGAUUUACUCUUAUGGAUUUGGGAUCCCUUUUAUACUUACGGGCAUCAAGAUGUGUAUUGUGGACCUUAACCAGCCYGAGUCAGACACCCAGGCCUUCAUAUCAUAUGCACAGAAUCAGAUGCCUUGUCUCAUAAUUCAGGUUAUUUGUCUUGGCUUGAAUCUCAUUAUCAUCAUCAUUUCCCUGGUGAAACUUCAACRUUGUGACAGAUAUUGUAAAUGUCCAUCAAAAUUAAGAUGUCAAACAUCAUCUCUUAAACUGUCAGCAGAAAACAAUGAAGACAACAAAGCAAGAUGUAACAGUUGUAAAGAAAGGCARAGAAAAGGGUCUUCRUCCUCAUCUGUGGAUAUCAACAGAUGCUGCUCAGCUGAUGUUCAGCCUCCAACAAGACCUGUAGAUAUUGAAAGUCUUGAUGAAAGCACAUGCCUAAUCAGUGGAGAUGCUGUAAGAUAUGUUGACUGUCAGUCUAAUGAUAUUGAGAAGAUUGAAAAUGAASUAAGCCUUGAAGAGUACUAUGAUGGGGACAAACAUCAGCUUGCACAACAYGUGAUCAUGGUGCUUUGUCUUGCCUUUUCAAUUUGUUUGGCUCUGUUCAUGUCGUUAUGGUACUUAUCAGGUGAAUCAAGGAAGAGUGGUUUGUUUAUAGGAAUGAGAGUCCUGGACACCAUUUUCUUAUUUGGACAGGGAUUCAUCUCGUUUGCUUGUUUUGGAAUGGACAAACAGCUUAUUAUCAUCCCAUUUCUAAAAAGAUUUCGUCGCUUGAUUUAUGGAGCUGAUAACGUUGUUCUACCCAAUAAAAGUGACUUAACUCCCGAAGAGACUCAAAUAUGUGAACAGUUCAUAAAACAUCACAAAGCUAAAUGCAAAAAGGCUUUUAAGGGAAAGAAAAGCUAUGGCCUUCGUACGUACACCAAUGUAUUCAGUGGCGAGGAGUUAGUCACGUGGCUUACGGAUCUUGGAUUAGCUGAUGACCGUGUUUCUGCUACGAAUUAUGGGAACACCUUACUUCGAGGUCGCGUUAUCGAGCACGUGACCAAAAAGCAUUCUUUCUACGACUUGCCGUAUUUUUAUCGAUUUUGUUAGAUUUAGGCAGUUUGUAGAUGAUUUUGCUACCAAAAGUAUUGAUCAAUUCCAAUGUAAAUGCUGUAUAAUGUAUCAGGAUGGAUAGCUUACUUUAUCGUUUAUACAGAUCAAAUAGAAUAUUUUCAUAAUUCUUUAAUAUUUAAUUUAUAAUAAAAAGAGAAAAGGGGGAGGGAAGAAUUAUUUAAAGUUGGAGUGYAAGCACUAAAAUCGUGAUAGAAAAAUAUUACAAAAUAUUGUCCAAUAAACAUUAUUAGUAUUCGUUUCACGGAAUAAGUGUGUCUGCUCUUAAAUGUCAAUUCAUUGAUAAAGUAAAAUAUUUUUUUAUUAUUUUGUCUUGAAGUAAUAGCAACAUUCCAAUUCUUGAAAACACUUUGAGUUGGUUUGAUAAMCCCGGUAAUUUAAGAGAGUCACAAACCCGUGAAAUAAAUUGAUGCAUUGAGUGUGAUAGUGUCAUAAAAGAAAACAAUGCAAUAUGUGUGUCAUAUAUGUUUGACGGCUUUAAAAUUACUUCACUCUAUUCAAGCUGUAAUAAAGUGUGGGAAAGACAAAUGAAAAAUUUGCAUAAUAGAAAGUAGUACACCUAAUUGAAUUACCACCUAAUUAAAUUAACGUCCGCGGGUUGCAAAAAGGUGAUGUCAUCGAAGUUAAAACCAAAGGGGAUUUUAAGCCAAGGGCGCUAGAACUGAAAUUAUGACCUGUAAGUAAGGACGAGAAGUUGCUUAAUUUAUCCAACUUAAGAUAGUCGAUAAUAAAUAAAGUUUUAC